AUGUGUUAUUUUGUGUAUAGAAGGCUAGCAUUUGCACAAGUUUUGCCAAAUAUUUAUAGGUGUGUCGUGCAAAAUUUUGGCAUUAAUCAUGUGGAUAAGUGUUUGAGUUUGUUGCCCACUAGCAUUAGAUCCUUCUCAACCAAUAUAGAUCAAGUUGAAAAGGAUUACUUAUUUACUGUGUCAUACCUCAUAAAGUCAUGUGGGUUGUCCCCAGAAAGAGCAAAAUCUGCCUCCAAAAGAAUCAAGCUUCAAUCUGUUGAACGACCAGAUUCGAUCUUGACAAUUCUAAGAAACCAUGGAUUUACCGCUGCUCAUAUAACCAAACUUGUUGGAAUGCGCCCUAGUCUACUUUUAGCCAAUCCUGAGAUGUCAAUUUUGCCUAAAUUUAAGUUUUUCAAGUCUCUUGGUAUCACAGAUGCUGAGAUUGCGAGUGUUUGCUCUUCAAUUCCAUCUAUUUUGAGUAACAGUUUGGAGAACCUACUCAUUCCUAACUUUAAAUUCCUCAAAAGCGUGCUCCUCUCUGAUGAAAAUGUUAUUAGAGCUUUUAGGAAAAAAUCAUGGCUCUUUCAGCAAGAUUUGGCAAAGACUGUGUCUCCAAAACUUGCAGUCCUGAAAGAACUUGGAAUGCCCAAGCCUUUUAUUGCAUUGAUAUUAACAUGUUAUGCUUCUAUAGUCCUCCAAAAUCGAGAGAGUUUUGACAAAAAUAUCAAGAAGGUAAUUGAAAUGGGUUUUGAUCCUCGAAAAAGUGGGUUCAUCCAUGCAAUGCAGGUUUUUGCCUCAAUGAGUCAGUCAACUUUGGAACAGAAAUUUGAAAUUUUCAGGGGGUGGGGGUGGUCUGAUGAGGACAUUAUGUUGGUGUUCAGAAGAUGCCCCAUUUGUAUAAAUGCCUCUGGAAGCAAAAUAAUGAAUGCAAUGGAGUUUCUUGUGAAAAAAAUGGGUUGGCAGUCCACAGAUAUUGCCUUGUAUCCAGAUGUUUUCCUUAUGAAUUUGGAGAAGAGGGUCAUCCCAAGGUGUUUGGUUAUUGAAGUUCUACAAUUGAAGGGGUUGGUGAAGAAAAAUUUGAGCCUUAGGACAUUUUUAAACCCUGUUGAGAAGCUAUUCUUGGAUAGGUUUGUGAAAAAAUACUUGGACAAGGUUCCUGAACUGAUGAAUAUCUAUCAAAGGAACGAUGGCUUUCAGGCUCUCGAUAUGAAUGUGUAUGUUUCUUCCAGAAAACUGUAG